AUGGAGAGAGAGGGAAGAAGAGGAGAAGGAGUUUCUUAUUAUCUUUGGAUCCCUUUUAAGUUCAUUCACCAAACUCUCCGAUCUCUCUUACUCAAGCUUUUCGGUCUGCGAUCCCCUUCUCAUCAUACUUUUCCGGAAGAGGAGGAAGAAGAAGUAGAGGUUGUGGAAGUGUCGUCGAGGGGUCUUCCGGUGAAGCCAAAACUACUGAAGAAGUCGAAAGCCAGUUCCGGCAAGCCAGGAGGUAUCAACAAGAAGCCUGCCUAG